AUGCCGGGCGAGACAGAUUUCUCCAGAUAUUGGAUCCGGAGCCACCAGCGAACACCGUCGGGAUCUCGCGACUUCAAGGAGGCCACCAAGCGCGAUGCCCUCGCCAGGGUCGAGGUGGAGCUGGAGCGGCUCCUGGCUUCCGUGCCGGAGACCAGGCGCCCCCAAAUGCUCAAGGAGUUCCAGAGCUUCAAGAACCUGUUCACCAGGUUCCUCGCAGAGCAGGGUCCCUCCGUGACCUGGGAGAAGAUACAGAAGCUGCCAGAGGGCGCGGUGAUCGAUUACGCGAGUCUGCAGACUCCCACCACCGACAACAUUCACCACAUGCUCGACAAGCUGGUGGUGGUGAAGCUAAAUGGUGGCCUCGGCACCUCCAUGGGAUGCAAGGGCCCCAAGUCCGUCAUCCAAGUGCGCAACGAACUCACCUUCCUGGAUCUGACUGUACAGCAAAUCGAGCACCUGAACAAAACGUACAAAUGCAACGUGCCCCUGGUGCUGAUGAACUCCUUCAACACCGACGAGGAGACCCAGAAGGUGAUCAGGAAGUACAAGGGCCUGAAGCUGGACAUCCACACGUUCAACCAGUCGUGCCAUCCGCGCAUCAACCGCGAGUCCCUGCUGCCGAUUGCCAAGGACGGGAGCGUGCACUCCGACAAAGAGGCCUGGUACCCGCCUGGCCACGGCGACUUCUAUGAGUCGUUCCACAACUCGGGCCUCCUGGAGAAGUUCAUCAAGGAGGGGCGCACCUACUGCUUCAUCAGCAACAUCGACAACCUCGGCGCCACCGUCGACCUGAGCAUCCUCGACCUGCUCCUCAACCCAGACCCUCAACGGCCCGUUUCGGAGUUCGUGAUGGAGGUGACGGACAAGACGCGCGCCGACGUCAAGGGCGGCACCCUCAUCCAGUACGAGGACAAGCUCCGCCUACUCGAGAUCGCUCAGGUGCCGAAGGAGCACGUGGAUGACUUCAAAUCCGUCAGCCAGUUCAAGUUCUUCAACACGAACAACCUGUGGGCGAAGCUGGACGCGGUGCAGCGCGUGGUGGAGCGCGGCUCGCUCAACAUGGAGAUCAUCGUGAACAACAAGCACCUGGGCGACGGGCUGAACGUGAUCCAGCUGGAGACGGCCGUGGGCGCAGCGAUGAAGUGCUUCGAGGGCGGCAUCGGGGUGAACGUGCCCCGGAGCCGGUUCCUCCCCGUCAAGAAGACCUCGGACCUGCUGCUGGUGAUGUCCAACCUGUACGGCCUCUCGCACGGCUCGCUCGUGAUGUCGCCCCAGCGGAUGUUCCCGUCCACGCCGCUCGUCAAGCUGGGGGACAACCACUUCGCCAAGGUCAAGGAGUUCCUGAACAGGUUCGCGACGAUCCCGGACCUCAUCGAGCUGGAUCAUCUGACGGUGUCCGGGGACGUCACCUUCGGCAGGGGGGUGUCCCUCAAGGGUACUGUAAUAAUAAUAGCCAACCAUGGAGACAGGAUCGACAUCCCGUCAGGAGCCGUGUUGGAGAACAAGAUUGUGUCGGGCAACCUGCGCAUCCUAGACCAC